AUGGUUUACACCGGUAAAUUUAAUUUAAUGAAGGAGAAAAGAGCAGCUCUGAAGCGGGUGCGCCGGUCUCCUUCAAACGAAAAUGUGUUAAAGUACAAACAAAUACUAAGAACGUUUAAGGCCGCUCAUAGGGAUUCGUAUCAGGGUUUCUACAUCGCAGACAUGCAAUUUCGUUUGAAAAGUAACCCCAAAGCGUUUUGGAAAUUUGUGACCAGCAGAAGAAAGAGUUCCAGCGUUCCGGAUUGUCUCUGUUACAAGUGUGUCACAUCUACUGAUGUUCAAUCAUCAACAGAACUUUUCGCGCAGUUUUUUGAAAAUGUUUUUACUGAAGAAACAAGCAGCAUCACCGAAUUGUCCGUUGAUAGUGACGAUGUACCGUACCAAUUGUCCAAUUCUUGUGUGGAAAACGAUAUUUGCGAGCUCGAUGUCAAUAAAAUUUGUGGUGCCUCUUCACGCUUAUUCAAUGUGUCACAAGCUACAGGCCAUUUUCCGGGGAUCUGGAAGGUCUCGCACAUCACUCCGAUGCAUAAAAAAGGGGCUAAAGUUCAUAUGGAAAAUUACCGUGGAGUAGCUAUUCCAUCGGUUAUUCCGAAGCUUGUUGAGUCGUUAGUUUACAGUCGCCUUUACGAUAAUGUGAGUAGCCGUAUCUCUCCUGCGCAACACGGAUUCCUGAAGAAAAAAUCUGUCAUUACAAACCUUUGUGAAUUCAGUUCUACAGUCACAGAUUAUAUUUCAAAAGGUUUUCAAGUGGAUUGUAAAUAUACAGAUAUGAGUAAAGCAUUUGAUGCUGUCGACUUUAAUAGUAUCUUGGAGGCGGUUAAAGAUUUUGGCAUUCGAGGCCCGCUGUACAACUGGGUAAAAUCGUACCUCAAAUAUAGUGUCUAG